AUGUCCGAUAACUCUAGGAUAAAUAACAACUUGUCCGCUGGCAUUUCAAUUGAGUCCUGGUACCAGUACUAUAAGAACACCUUUAGUGCUGAAGAGUAUGGCUUUACAACUCAAGCUUUGCCAUCUCCUGAUAUUCUCACGGACUGGCUUACAGUCACCCCAACAGAAGUAGCGACUAUGAUUAAACAACUUAAGCCAGGUAAGGUGCCAGGCCCCGACGCAUUACCACCUGAGAUAUUUAAAAAGAACGUAGUGGUGCCAGUUUUGGCAAACCAGAAGAACCAUCAUGACUGGCCGCAUGUAGUGUCUCAGGAUAUCAUCCGACAUGUCUACAGCCUAGAAAGUAUCAUUUUUGUGGUUGUUGGUCAAGUAAAAGGCAAAACUUUGCUGCCACUCCCUACUGGAUCUGAAAGGGAUAAGUAUAUAGAUUUUGACAAUGAGAAAAGCAUUGACCUAGUGGAUAAGUCUAUUGUGCAUGCCAUUGAAUCAGCAGUUAUUGAAUGGAGUUACCAGAUACAGAAAGUUCUGAAGAGAGAGUCAUCAGAGCCCCUUUUGGAAGGCCAAGAUCCCAGUCCAAAGGUGGAGCUGGAGUUUUGGAAAAGCAGGUGUGAGGAUCUGCAGUGCAUUUACAGCCAGCUGAAAACAAAGACGGUUUUGGCUAUGGUGGAGUUGCUAGACAGAGUGCAGAGCACCUACUUCCCAGCCUUCAGUUCAAUGUUCAGAGAUGUGGAAACAGCACUUGAUGAAGCCCAAGACAUAAAUUUGCACCUAAAGCCCCUUCAGCGUCCUCUAGAGGAAAUUGAGAACGUAGAGUUUAAUGAGGUGAAGCCGCUGCUCAACCAAAUGCUUCAUGUGGUGUGCUUUAUCUGGGCCACAUCAAAAUAUUACAGCACACCUGCAAGGGUAAUUGUGCUGCUCCAAGAAAUCUGCAGCCUCCUUAUCCUGCAGGCCAGGAAUUAUCUUAAUCCAGAAGAUCUCUUGAAAGGGGAAACAGAAGAAAGUUUGGGCAAGGUGCAGAAUACUUUUGAUAUUUUCAAUUACUUCAAGCAGACCAUUGAAAAAAGAAGAAAAAAUCUCAGCAUUUAUUUUCAGCCAGGCCAAGAAGUGAAGCCGUGGGAUUUCCCUCCCAUAAUGGUUUUUGCACGAUUGGAUAACUUUCUAGAAAGACUCCAUUUGGUAAAUGACCUUCUGGUUACUGUUUUGGACAUAGAGAAGCUGGAGAAACUGGAAUUCAGUGGCAUAAAAGGGAAAGUUCUGAGUCAGCAGGUCCUGAAUAUGUAUGAAGAAUUCCAAGAGGUCUAUAAAGUAUUUUCUGAUCGCACAUAUGACUGUCUGGAUGUGGCCAAUAUGGAAUUUGAAGAAGAUGUGUAUGGCUUUAAGGAGAAAGUGGAAGAUAUGGAUCGGAGACUGGGGGGCAUUUUUGGACAGGCUUUUGAUGAUGCAGCUAGUGUGGAGCAUGCAUUCAAGUUGAUAGACAUAUUUGGAAGCCUUUUGGAACGACCUUUGAUAGCAGCAGAUGCCUCUGCCAAAUACCAUCUUCUGAUAACAAUAUUUGACAGAGACCUGGAUGAUGCUAAAUGGAUCUACUUGGAACAUAUUCAGGAGGAAGCGGAACUAGGUUAUCCACCUGUACACAGGAAUAUGCCAUUGGUUGCUGGAGGAAUUCGCUGGGCUCAGGAACUAAGAGAUCGGAUCCAGAUUCCAUUUAGUAACUUCACAAAUCAUACGCAUCUCUCCUUGGAUUCUGCUGAGGGCAAAAUAAUGAUACAAAAAUACGAAGAUUUGAUGCAAUUGCUGGAAAAAUAUCAAGAGAAGCUUUAUAAGGAGUGGCUCCAGACUGUGUCUGCAAAAUCACAAGAUAAUCUCACUCAACCACUUAUCCGGCGAGAUCCAGAGAGUAAACUGAUUGCAGUCAAUUUUGAUCCUCAGCUGGUGUCUGUCCUAAGGGAAGUAAAUUACCUUGGGGUAGAUCAGAUUGGAAGAAUCCCAGAGGUAGCAGCAGAUAUCUUUUCCUCCAAGGAGACCUUCCGGCAGCUAGUAGCUAACCUGGAGCUGAUGGUAACGUGGUAUAACAAGAUUCUGUGCACAGUUCUGGAAGUGGAGUACCCUCUUAUACAGGGUCAGUUGGAGGUUAUUGAUGUUCAGUUGAGAGAUGCAGAAGAGACUCUGAACUGGAAAACAGAAGGCCUUAGGGAUCGCAUUUCACCAGUGAUCGAUACUGUUUGGGAUCUGGAGCAAAGAAUCCAGAAAACAAAAGACAAUAUAGAAGAAAUUCAGACUAUUAUGAAAUCUUGGAUCUUGCCAGUUUUUGAAAGAAAAGAUGGGAAAAGAGAAUCUCUGUUGUCCCUGGAUGAUCGACACGAAAGAUUGGACAAACACUACAGACUCAUCACAGACUCAGGGCGUAAGAUUCAUUUGCUGAUCAAGGAAAACCUGAGACUUUUUCAAGCAGAUCCAGUUUCUGAUGUUUGGAAAGCUUAUCUGGAGCAUGUGGAUGAAAUGGUCCUGGAUGGGUUCUUUAAUGCCAUUGAAUGUUCACUCAAGUACCUCUUGGAAAACACAGAUUCGAAAGCAGGACUUGCUCCCCUUUUCAAAGUGCAGCUGGAUUUAUUGAUUCCUGAUAUGGUGUUCCGUCCCUCUUUGGAUGCUGGUGCUGGCGAUGGUUUUUAUGAUAUCAUUGAGGGCCUUGUCAAUGAUGUAUUCCGGAUUUCCUCUCUAGUGCCCAGGGUGGCAGACAUCAGCUCAUUCCCCCAUUAUCAGGAUGACAUGGAGGAGAUGUCAGAUCUUGCUGAAAUGCGCCACACGCUAAUGGAACGUAUUCAGAAGAUGAUAUCUUUCUGUUGUGAUUACCGCAGCUCCUUUGACCAUUACUCCUAUCUCUAUGUGGAUGACAGGAAAGAAUUCAUGCGGCAUUUUCUGUUGUAUAGCCAUGUCCUCACUGCAGAUGAAAUAGAGGCACAUGCUGAGGAUGGGGUGCCGGAGAACCCUCCCACUUUACAACAAUUUAAAGAGCAAAUAGACUCCUAUGAGAAGAUCUAUGAAGAAGUAAGCCACUUGGAGCCUGUCAGUAUAUUUGGCUGCUGGAUGAAAGUUGAUGCUCAGCCAUUCAAAGCAUCUCUUCUGGGUAUAAUAAAAAAGUGGAGCUUCAUGUUCAAGCAGCAUCUCAUUGAUCAUGUGACUCACAGUUUGGCUGACCUUGAAAAAUUUGUUGAAAUUGCUGAGAGAGGUUUGGACAAAGAGGUGGAAAAAGGAGAUUAUGAAGGCUUGUUGGAAAUUAUGGGUCACCUGAUGGCUGUGAAAGAGAGACAGACCAGCACCAAUGAGAUGUUUGAGCCCUUGAAACAAACUAUUGAACUGCUGAAGAUCUAUGAGCAAGAAUUGCCAGGGGAAGUCUACAAGCAGUUGGAGGAACUGCCUGAAAAAUGGAACAAUGUGAAGAAACUGGCUAUAACUGUGAAGCAGCAUGUGGCACCAUUGCAGGCAAAUGAAGUAACAGUUCUUCGUAAGAAGUGUGCUGUGUUUGAUGUGGAGCAGCACAAAUUCAGAGAGCGAUUUCAUAAAGAAGCACCAUUCAGGUUUGAUGCUUCAGAUCCCUACCAAAUGCUGGAUACGUCCCAUACUGAACUUAAACAGAUGGAAACUACCAUGGCUUCAAUUUAUGAAUCUGCUGACUUGUUUGAAGUCAACGUUCCAGAAUACAAACAGCUUAAGCAGUGCCGAAAGGAAGUGUGCAUUCUUAAAGAACUUUGGGAUACGAUCUCCAUCGUAAACUCAAGUAUGAAUGACUGGGAGACUACAAAAUGGAAACACAUUAACAUAGAAAAAAUGGAGCUGGAGUGUAAAAAAUUUGCCAAGGAUGUAAGGAAUCUGGAUAAAGAAAUGAGGUCCUGGGAUGCUUUCUGUGGGUUGGACAACAGAGUAAAAAACAUUCUGACAUCUCUCAGGGCUGUGUCAGAACUGCAGAAUCCUGCCAUUCGAGAGAGGCACUGGAACCAAUUGAUGCAAGCAACAGGUGUCCACUUCACAAUGGAUGCAGACACAGUUUUGGCAGAUCUGCUUAGACUCAACUUGCACAACUUUGAGGAUGAGGUCCGGAGCAUUGUGGACAAAGCUGUUAAAGAAAUGAGCAUGGAGAAAGUUGUGAAAGAAUUGAAGACCACGUGGGCUAGCAUGGAAUUCCAGUAUGAGCCUCACCCACGCACAAAUGUCCCUCUACUGAAAUCUGAUGAGGAGCUUAUUGAAACCUUAGAAGACAAUCAAGUCCAGCUACAAAAUAUGAUGACAUCCAAGUACAUUGCUUUCUUCUUAGAAGAAGUGUCUUUCUGGCAGAGGAAGCUGUCAACUGCAGACUCUGUCAUUUCCAUCUGGUUUGAGGUUCAACGAACUUGGUCUCAUUUGGAAAGCAUAUUCAUUGGUUCGGAAGACAUCCGGUCACAACUUCCUGAGGAUUCCAAGCGCUUUGAGGGAAUUGAUGUUGACUUUAAAGAGCUGGCAUAUGAUGCUGAAAAGACCCCAAAUGUAGUGGAAGCAACCAACAAGCCUGGUCUGUAUGAGCAACUGGAAGAUAUCCAGAACAGAUUAUCUCUGUGUGAAAAAGCCUUGGCAGAGUACUUGGAUACCAAGCGGCUGGCAUUUCCUAGAUUUUACUUUAUUUCCUCUUCUGACUUACUGGAUAUUCUUUCAAAUGGCACCAACCCACAGCUGGUCCAGCGCCAUCUUGCAAAACUCUUUGACAAUAUGGCCAAAAUGAAAUUCCAGAUGGAUUCUGAUCAACAGCCAACCAAGCUGAGCUUAGGGAUGUACAGCAAAGAGGAAGAGUACGUUAGUUUCAGUGAGCCAUGUGACUGCAGUGGCCAGGUGGAGAGCUGGCUGAAUCGUGUGCUGGACCACAUGAGGGCCACUGUGAGGCAUGAGAUGACAGAGGCAGUGAUGGCUUAUGAGGAAAAGGCAAGGGAACAAUGGCUUUUCGACUAUCCUGCACAGGUUGCUCUCACCAGUACCCAGAUUUGGUGGACCACAGAGGUUGGGAUUGCCUUUGCCCGGUUGGAAGAAGGUUAUGAGAAUGCCAUGAAAGAGUAUUACAAGAAGCAAGUGACCCAGCUAAAUACCCUCAUCACUAUGCUCAUUGGACAGCUCUCAAAGGGUGACAGGCAGAAGAUCAUGACUAUCUGUACCAUUGAUGUGCAUGCGCGAGAUGUGGUGGCCAAAAUGAUUGCACAGAAGGUGGACAAUGCACAAGUAUUCCUUUGGCUGUCACAACUCCGGCACAGGUGGGCAGAUGAAGAGAAACACUGUUAUGCGAACAUUUGUGAUGCACAGUUCCUAUAUUCCUAUGAAUAUCUUGGAAACACACCACGCCUGGUCAUCACUCCUCUGACAGACAGGUGCGUGCCUAAAAGGCUUCACAAAGAUGUGUAUUUGAGGGUGGUUAGAGAGGAGGUCAACAUAUAA